AUGGCACCAAACCCCUUGGACCUGGCGCUCAACGCGCUCCUCUUCGUCGUGCCGCUCGCGCACCUCCUCGUCGCGCCGCACACCAAGGUCGAGGAGUCGUUCAACCUGCAGGCCGCGCACGACAUCCUCCUCUACGGCACGCCCGUCGGGGAAGGCGCCGGCGCCGCCCUGACGGCGGCCUACGACCACUUCACCUUCCCGGGCGCCGUCCCGCGCACCUUUGUCGGCGCCGUCGUCCUCGCGGGCGUGAGCCAGCCGCUCGUCGCCUUACUCGGCUUCCCGCUCGCGCAGCUCGUCGUGCGCGCCGUCCUCGGGGGCCUCAACGCCGCCUGCCUGCUCGUCUUCCGCCGGGCGCUUGACGCGGCGUUUGGCAAGGCGACGGGCCGGUGGUGGGUGGCGCUCACCGUCAGCCAGUUCCAUCUCAUGUUUUACCUGAGCAGGACGCUGCCCAACAUGCUCUCCUUUGGCCUGACCACACUCGCUGCGGCGUUUCUCCUACCAAAAGCGACGCCGGCGCUUUCGUACGCGCGCCAGAAGCAGGCUCUCUUGCUGCUCGUCUUCUCCGCCGCCGUUUUCCGCUCCGAAACGGCCAUUCUUCUCGGCAGCACGUGUCUGAUGCUGCUCGUGCGCGGCCGCGCCCACAUUGCGCGUCUCGUGCCGUUGCUCGCGGGUCUGUCCGUCGGCGCGCUCGUCCUCAGCGUGCCCAUCGACUCGUACUUUUGGCAGCGCGUUCCCCUCUGGCCCGAGCUCGCGGGCUUCUACUACAACGCCGUGCUCGGCUCCUCGGCCGACUGGGGCACCUCGCCCUGGCACUACUACUUCGCCUCCGCGCUGCCGCGGCUGCUGCUGAACCCGCUCGCCCUGCCGCUCGCGGCCGUGGCGCUGUGGCAGCCGGCCACCGCAGGCCCGGCGACGGACCUCGUCGUGCCGAACCUGCUCUUUGUCGCCAUCUACUCGGCGCAGCCGCACAAGGAGGCGCGCUUCAUCUUUUACGUGGUGCCCGCGCUCACGGCCGCCGCCGCCCUGGGCGCCAAUUACAUAUUUGCGCGCCGCACCAAGACCGUCCUCAACGCGCUCUUCGCUCUCGUGCUGCCUGUGACCGUGCUCGCUGCGCUGGCGGGCAGCGUGGGCAUGCUCCUCCUCUCCUCGCUCAACUACCCGGGCGGCGACGCCGUUGCGCAGCUCUUCCGCCUCACGCAGUCCCCCACCGCCGCUGCGGGCGAGACCGUGUUCGUACACGCCGAUGUGCUCACCUGCAUGACAGGUCUGUCGCUCUUUGGCCAGAACCCGCACGGCCUGCCCCUCGCCCACGGCCCGCCGUCGCCGCUCCCUCCCGGCAUCGCUCCGCCGCUGCUACUUUUUGACAAGACCGAGGAUGAGGCGGACAUGGCCCAGCCAGACUUUUGGACGCAAUUCGACUAUGUUCUAGCCGAAGACCCGAGCAAGGUCACCAGCGGUCAAUGGAGGACGAUCGGCGUCGUGCAGGGCUACGAUGGCCUCGAGGUGCUACGUCCUGGCGCCACGGCCGGAGGCGACGACGACGAUCUCGAGGCAAACCCGGAGGUGGCUAGCCUGCAACCGCCUGUUCUCGGCCGCGGCUUCAUGGUGCGCAACAUUCGUAAUUUCGUGCGGAGCGUCACGCGCGGCUGGUAUGCCGGGCCGCGCAUGGCGCCGCGCAUUCGCAUUUUGCAGCAAAUCACGGCACAGUCGAGCCCAAGCAAGGCGACGGUCGCGUAG